AUGCAAGCAUCUUGGAUAGUUCAGAAAAUAUUGAAGGCUGCAGAAUACAUGGAGGAAGCAGGGAUACAAGAGGAGGAAAUCAAAAAGAUGGCUAAGUUCAAUAUGCAUAUGAUAUACAGGAAGUUGCAAGGAGAAUUUCAGAAAUGCACGUGGAAAAGGCUAAUAUGUAAUAACUAUGCUAUUCCCAGGUGGAAAUUCAUCUUAUUUCUGGCAUUACAUGACAGGCUACAGACGCGAGAUAGAGUGGCUAAAUGGAGUCUAGUGGAAGAUAGUUCAUGCACUAUGUGUGAGGAAGAUCCUGAAACUAUUGAACACUUAUUUUUUGGAUGUACGAUGACUGAGCAGAUAUGGAGCAACAUACUAAAAUGGCAAGGGAUUAAAAGAAGAGCAAAAGGGUGGGCUGAAGAAGUGAGGUGGGCUGAAAUGAAUGUAAAGGGGAAAUCAGCAAAGUCUCACAUGUAUCGGAUUUGUUUAGCAGCAUGUGUCUAUCAUAUUUGGCAUAAGAGGAAUAUGAGAGUUUUUCAGCAGAAAAUCAGAAGCAAGGAAGAAGUUCUGCGAGCAAUAGCACAAGAGAUACAUUACUGUGGCAGCAAGUACAGAAAGUUAGAUAAAACAUUACAGGAAAUGAAGUCAUACCCGCGAUUUGAGUGA